AUGGUGGGAGAGCUCCUCAAGUAUGGUGGGAGUGCGCUAUGUGUCCAUUACGCCAAAAUCAUCAACACCUGCUCUGAAGAGAACCUGUUCCUUGACGCUGUCGGAGAAUGUUUCAUCACCCCUCUUCAAAAGCCUGGCAAGACUCCUGGUGAACUGAAAAGCCUCAGACCCCUGACAUUAUGUAACUGUGCUCGUAAGCUGCUAUCCCUCAUUACACUCAGGAGAAUUGAAGCAAAGGUAGAUGCUUACACAGCUACAGGUCCAUGGCAAGCUGCCUACAAGCAGAAGAGAAGCUGUGGAGACCUGGUAUGGUGUCACCGUAUGUUGAUCAGCAUCGUAAAAGAAAGAGAGUGGUCUUUCCACAAGAUGGGCCUAGACAUGUCCAGUGCCUUCGAUACUAUCAGUAGGCAGCCUGUGCUCAACGACGCAGGUUGCACAAGAGAUGAGAUCAGACUAGUGAGAUUCCUCCUGAGCAACACCAAGAUCAAGGUGCGAGUCAACGACGCUACCUCCCUUGAAUUCACCAGCACCAAUGGAGGACCCCAGGCCCAAGGUGAUAGUGUUUCAGGCCUCUGUUUCACACUCACUCUAGCUGGUGCCUGCUACCACCUGCAUGCCGUGAUGCUGCGCCCAACCCCUCCUAUAAGCCCUAGCGGCAUGCCUGAAGAAGAUGCCUACUCUGAUGACAUCGACUAUCUUGGUGCAGACAAAUAUGCUCUAGAAGCUCUCCUCCCUAUCGCUACUAAGGUGUUCAAAGAGUGGAAUCUGAAUAUUAAUGAAUCAAAGACAGAGUUUGUACACGUCUACAUAGCUGGGAAAGAUGAGGUCAUGGAUGAUGGUAAACCCCUUAAAAUGAAUGAAGAAUGGUGCAGUAGCAAGUUGUUGGGUUCUCUGCUAGAAAGUAGGAAAGAUGUCACCAGAAGAAUCAUGUUAGCCAAUGUAGCAUUCCAGAACUUCAAGAAGGUCUGGUGCCAGAGUAAGAUCCCCCUACAGAAGAAGCUGAUGGUCUAUGAGGCCCAAGUAGUAUCUAUUCUCAUGUAUAACUCUAGUUGCUGGGGAAUGCCUAAAUCGUACUGGGACAACUUAGAUGCAUGUCACCGUAACCACCUCAGAAAGAUCAUGAAUGUCAGCUGGCCACGCAGUAUGAUGUCCAAAGAUACCCUCCACAAACAGAGUAACUCUACCCCUAUGUCUGAGCGUGCUGAGUUAUCUAGGUGGAAGAUGCUAGGACACAUACUGAGGAGCGAUGAAAGAUCACCAGCUCAAGCUGCGCUGUGUUUUGCUGUCGAGAUGUGUAGUGAAGUUGGUAGACUCGGGGCUCACAGACGUAACCUCCUACACCACCUGAAGGUUGACCUCUGGAAGCGUUUCAUCUUGCUGGAGUCGUAUGAUGAUAUUCUCCAUUUGAGAGAACUUGCUAGUGACCGUGGUUAUUGGAGUAAAUUGUUCAAUUUUAUACUUGAGUACAAGUCAAUUUGA